CGGUUAUAUCGGAAUUUGAAGUGCGGUUUCUUUUCAAUCCACGGUAUUUUGUUUUUUUAUGAGAAAGAAAACAAUGAAAUUUGCUUAAAUUAAAGUGCAAAAAUUAGCAAAUUUAAGUCGCAGCUCCUUGGAAAUUGUUGUCAAUUAUUGAAAUGGAAAAAAUUUGAAGUCAAUUGAAAGUAAAAAUUGUUGUGAAACUGAAAUUUGGAAGCAAAUUGUGAAUCAAUAGCCAUUCUAAGCUAAAAAUAACUGUGGAAAGUGGCAACAAAAAGUGCAUCUGUCAAACGUGGGGAUAUUCCAAAUAAAAAUGUCAAAGUUGAAGAGGUCUACAUUUUGGUUCUCAAUGAAAUUGUUUUCUUCUUCUCCUUCGGGUGUGGGUGUGAGAGAGCGUGUGUGAAAUACAAAGUGUGAAAUUGAUUCUAGAAGUGCCCUAAUAACUUAAAAAUCUCCAAUUGGAAUUAAAAACAUAAGAUAUUCUGGAAAUUCUUAUAAGAAUAAAAUCGCAGUCUUAAUUAAAAAAUAUAAAAACUGGUAUUCGAAAAAAAUAUCCUUAAAGAAAUACCCCAAAACGAAAAAAGUGUAUAACAACAAUGAAUUUAACCACGACAGCAGCAACAACAGCAAAUUUAGAAACAACCUUCGGCUCCCUGACAGCAGCAGCAGCCUCCUCAAAAUCAACAACUGCAGCAGCAUUGCAAAAUUCACAGCAACAACAACAAGAAAUGCCGUCAGAUGUUUUGUGCGCCAACGCAUCAUCCAUUGCUCCGGUCUCUUCUUCUUCUUCCUGCUUAUCGGCAUCGUCCUCUGCAAACAUUCUCAAAGAGCGGCAGCAGGAAAACAUUGAAAAUCAAGAACAACUCCCCACCAGCACCCUGGCUGGUGCUACCACCAUUAAAAUCCCAGUGACAGCCGACCACCCAACAAAAAUGGACACUUCACCACCACAAUUAUCGUCGAAAUUUUUGGCUAAAAGCCAAAAUAAUUUAACAGCAAAUGAGCAGCAACAACAACAUCAUGUUCAACAUCUGUUAUUGGAUACAGCAACAACAACAACAAAAACGGCAGCAGCCGCCACGACAGUAGCUACCUCAUCUUCAACAAUAAUUGAUAGUGGGCGUGGGUCUGUCAAUGAGUGUGAUUCUUCUUCUUCGGUGGAGGAUAUUUUUCCCCGAACCUCUGUCGCCGACAGUUCGGAUCGUCAAGUUAGCAAGAAGCCUUGCACUUUGGAUUUCUAUGCCAGCCAUGGCUCCCAAACCAAAUGGUAUCUACCACCCACCACGGUUACGACCGGUCCAUCAGAUGUUAUUAAAAUUAAUAUCACCUCGGAUAUGGACACCUGUUUAAUGACAAUUUCAACGGCCAGCAUUGCCGAGCCGGAAUCUUCGACGGUGACGCCACCCUUCGAAUCGCAGACCGGUAAUGGAGAGGAAGGUGAUUAUGAUGAGAUGUCGGCAGCAAAUGAUAAAAUAUUUCCUCGUACCGCAACAACAAAUGAUAGUGUCAGUGUAAUCGGUGUUCGCAAUGGAUUCCUCACAAAUUUGUCUCAACAAAUGCGUGCCGUUUCCAGUCCAUCUCUCACCGAUAUGGGAGAUCAUUGCCAAAGAGUACCAUCGAGCAGUUCAUCGUAUACGAAUAAUGCCACCACCCAAACAGCUAGUCAAGAAGAUUGUUGUCGGGCGAAUACGACAAAUAAUGUUGCAACAUCCGCGCCGGUGGUGGCCACCCAGAAUGUUGGAGUUUUACAGAAAUUCAAACGUACAUUAACCAACUUCAAUAAGCAUCAACAUCAGCAGCAGCAGCAGCAGUCGUCCAAUCAAGCGGCAACACACGGCGGAACUUCAGCGGCAGCGUCAUCUUCCUCCUCCUCCCAAAACCCAAGUGGCGGUGACAACAAUUGUUGCAAUACAACAACAGCAACAAUGACAACAACAACAUCUGCCAGUGGCACAUUUCUAAUGCCCGAUACUGAAAUGUCAACGGAUGUCACCGAUUCGACGAGUAAUAAAUACAGAUUUGGUCCUUUGGUAUGGCGUUCGUCGAAGGAGCGACGCAAGACGAAAUAUAAUCGCCGUGAUAAAUGUAACAGCGGUGAUUCUGGCAUACAAAUUGAACUGGAAAAUGAUGAGCAAUUUGCCCGAGCCUUGGCGGCCAAUGGUGGCAGUGGCGGCUGUUUGAUGAUGAAUGGUUCACUGAAUACGAGUAAUGGCGUUACAUUAAUGUCAAAUGGACGUAAAUCAGAGGGAUUGAAUUCCCUCCGAUUUCGACAAGUACGCCGCACAAAUUCCGCCAAAGUAACUUCAAUGACCGAUCAAAGUGUCUCCGAGGUUCUGAACAAAGCCAAAAUGCUCAAACGAAUGGACAUUAAUGGUGAACGGGAGGCACCCGAAUCGUUGCCCACCAGGUCUUUGAGUCAACCCAAUGGCCUAGAGUCAUGUGGCAUGACACGUAAUGAUUUAGAUGACAGCGACAGUGAUAGUGUUACCUCACACGAAGAAGCCCCCUCCUGCUACUAUCCCAUCUACGCUGAAGUUCUGUACAAUUUCACCGCUGCCGGACCGCAAGAGUUGGGCUUGGAAAAGGGUACCCUAAUUGAGAUUUUGCGCAAAGAAAUCGGCCCCUGGUGGUUUGGACGCAUUAAAAAAGAGGAUGCCAGUUUAGUGGAGGAAAUUCUCGAUCCGGAAUUGGGCUGGUUUCCCAAAGAGUUUGUACGCGUUAUACACUCACCGGAAACAGAUGCAUUCUUUUUGCGUCAUCUAGCCGACGAGGAGCAACGGCACAAGGACCAGCACAUUAACCACAUGCAAAUUAAUGAACUUUCAUCGUCCACCAUAGUGCAGCAGACUACCACCACCACAUCAUCCUCGGUAGUACCUGCUGUGGGCGUUGAUAAUCAAAUGUUGUUGAAUACAUCAUCGAGUGCUCCGUGUACACCCGUUAAUACCAGUUCAGAGGAUAAUUGUAAUACCACAAUUAUCGAUAAGCACAAUGUCACAACCAUUGUUAUUGAAACAUCAUCGCCGCCAUCCACAGCAUUGUUGUUGGAGCAGCAAAGCAGCGAAAGGACAAUGGAUCAGGAUGAACAGCAGCAGCAGCAGCAACGUGAUGCAUCAUCAACCACAACUACCACCCUAACAGCCAAUGGCCAAACGGUGUUAUCAACCUCACAAAGCCUUAAUGUCAUAAUGGGUAGUACUGAAAUAUUACGCCGUAGUGCUGUCAAGGAAUUAUUGGAUACCGAAGUUAAUUAUGUUAAGCUGUUGCAAGCUAUCUGCGAGGGUUAUCUGCCCGCCAUGAGCAAACGCAUUGAUAUCUUCUCACCAAACAGCAUACGCUUGAUUUUCUCCAACAUAACAGCUAUAUAUAAGUUUCAAAGGCGAUUUUUGGAGGCCUUGCGCAAGGGCAUUGAACAAAAUCAAGUUGGCAAGAUAUUUUUGAAAAUGCACAAAGGAUUUUUAUGUUAUUCAACAUAUUGCAACUCAUAUCCCAGGGCCUUGAUUGAAUUGGAAUCGUAUGAAAGGGUUAAGGAUGCUCGCACCAUAUUAGAUAAUUGUCGCGAAUCAGAAAAUCUGGCCGAAUUACCCUUAUCCGCCCACUUGUUGGCCCCGGUGCAACGUAUCUGCCGCUACCCCCUGCAUUUGGCUGAAAUUAUGAAAACAUCGGCCAAAGGCUCAGAACCCACACCAUUUAGCCUACAGGAAUUCGAACAAAUCGAUGUUAGCCAAUUGGAUAUCCCAGAUACGACAGAAACCAUCGAUAUGGCCCUGGAGGCAAUGAAAUCCAUAACCGAAGCUGUGAACGAAGGCAAACGCCACAGUGAAACCAUUGCCCGUCAUCAGGCGAGUUUUCAAAAUUUCAAAGGUCCACCCUUGCAUUUGCACAGCACCCGAUUCUUUGUACAAAUCGAUGCAACACGCCAAAAACAAAAUCUCUGGAACAGUAGCUGUACAUUGUUUCUGUUCGACAAUCAGCUAGUCUACUGUAAAAGGGAUAUUAUUAAACGUUCCAAUUUCAUUUACAAGGGACGUAUUUUCCUCGAUCGUUGUCGUGUGGUCAAUGUAAGGGAUGGUAAAAUGUUCGGUCACACCAUUAAAAAUUCGUUGCGCAUUUAUUGUGAAUCCAGGGGGAAAUGGUUUGAUUUCAGCUUCCGUUCGGCCAAUCGUAAACAUAGAUUUUUAAAUACCCUGGCCUUGGAAAGACAAUUCAGUGGCAAGUCUUUGUACAUUUCGGAAAUGAUGAAUUUCGAUUAUGCCUUUGAGGAAAGAGAUUGUUCCGAUGAUCAAUCAGACUAUGAGGGAGCCGAAAAUGAACAACAAAAACUCAAAGAGUUUCUUUAUGAGGCUAACUUGAAUAAUGGCAACAACACCAAUACAUCGGGCGAAAGUUCAGUACCCGAAUCACCAGCCAAAUCUUUUAAAUACAGUGAUACCUUACCCAAAAAGUCUUCACAUCGUUUGGAGUCGACUGCAAAUAAUGAAACACAGACGGGAUCGCUGGGUAGGCGGCGUCUUGGCAAUUGGUUUCGCAAACCCAAAAGUACCGCCUCCACACCAAAUCAAUCGCCCACCCACAAAUCUCAUCCCCCAGCGGCACAUUCCACCGGUGAUUUACAGCUGAGCGGCACCAGUGAUAUCAAUGAAUCGUAUACAGUUCUCGAACAUGCAGACAAUGGUGGCGUGAGUUCUUAAAAGAAAGAGUGGAAAAUUCGCAAAAGUAUAAGGAGAGGAAUAAAAAAAAACAAUAACCUUAAAAUCCCUGAAUCUCAAGACUAUAAAUUUAAAAAGAAGAAUAUAUUUUCUUUUAAGUUUAAUAUUUUUCGAACAAAAUAUUUUAUGAAAAAAUAACACUCGAAAUUGUUAAGUUUUAAUUUUUAUUUGCUAUGAUAGAACAAUGAAAUGGAAAACGAAAUGGGUUGGAAAUAUGAAAAUAGUUGGUUGAAUUUGAUUUCCCACAACCCACUUUUUAAUUUUAUUUUUUGUAUAAAUCCCAUAAAAUUAUUUGAAGUCAAUUAUAACUGUUGUUUAAAAUAUAUAUUUUUAAAAAUAUAUAUAUUUACACUGUUUUUAAAUUUACAUUUUGUUUAAAGAAAAAAACAACAGUCAUAUUAAAACACCUUUGUAAAAAUGAUAAAAAAAAUUUAACAAUGUUUAUUUUGAAUUGUAUUGUAUUUAAGCUGUAUAGUUGUAUAUUUAUUACGUUUUUUUUAUUCGUUUUUAAGUAAUAGUCGUAAAACAAACUAAUUUAUUAUUUUAAUGUUAAAUUUUAAUUAUGUAGUUAUAGAAAAAAAGAAAAACCCUACAAACAAACAAAGCAGCAAACAAACCCAGAAGACGUUAUAGUAUUAAGUAUUCUUUUUUUUUUAGUACUAUAUUAUUUUUUUUAAUAUAUAUUUUUACAAAAGUUUUUUUUUCUUUAAGUUUCCUUUUUUAAUAUUAAUUGUUACUAAACAAGAAUUUUGAAAAAAAAAAUAAAAACCUAAAAAUUGAAAAUAAAAACAAUGUUUUAAUUGAGUCCCAUAAAAGUAUUGAAGAGAAAUAGAAAAACCAAUAAAUGUUAACACAUUGAAAACACUAAGCAAUUUUUUGUAAAUGUUAAAAAAAUGAGUUAUUAAUCGAUUUCCAAAAAAUUUAUUUUUGUGAAAAAAAUAAUAAUAGACAAGACAUUAACAAAUAAAUAUAAAAAGUUAUAAAUAUUUAACUUUCACUGUAGCAUUUCAAAUGGAGUACAGUAUGGACUUGAUUUUAAAAAAGGUAUCAAAAAAGUUAUUCCAACGUAAUAUUUUUACUUUGGAAUAAAAAUGUUAACUAAGUAAGUUAGUGUUGUUUGGAAAUAUUGUAAGAAUUCAUUGCUCUUAAAUUGAAAUUUU